CCCCGGAGGCCAGUGCGCGGCCGCGGAGCUCGACUUGCGCGUCGCUCCGCCCUCGGGAGUGUCGGCGCCACCAUGGAGGAGUACCAUCGCCACUGCGACGAGGUUGGCUUCAAUGCUGAUGAAGCCCACAAUAUCAUUAAAGAGUGUAUAGAUGGGGUCUUAGGUGGUGAAGAUUAUAAUCAGAACAACAUCAACCAGUGGACUGCAAGCAUAGUGGAACAGUCCUUAGCACAUUUGGUUAAGUUGGGAAAAGCUUAUAAAUAUAUUGUGACCUGUGCAGUGGUCCAGAGAAGUGCAUAUGGCUUUCACACGGCCAGCUCAUGUUUUUGGGAUACUACAUCUGACGGAACCUGUACUGUAAGAUGGGAGAACCGAACCAUGAACUGUAUCGUCAAUGUUUUUGCCAUUGCUAUUGUCCUGUGAUGGACUAAAAAUGUUUGGCCAAAGCCAUUAACUUAAGAAUUUGUCAGUGUAUCCUUUCUAAAAAGAGUAGUAGUUACUCAUUAAUGUGCUAGAUGACAAGUGUGCAGUAUGCUUCCAAGCUAUCAACAAAAACUGAAUAUUAUAAGCAAGCAAUCUCAUAGUAAAUUGGGAGAUUAUCUCAUAUUCUAUACAGCAUCAUUUAAAUAAGAAAAUUUGACAUCAGCGAAAAACAAAUACGGAAACAUGGCAUGACGUGAAAAUAUAAUCUUACAUUUACACGGGCUUUUCACUAACAUUACAUACCUAAGGAGGUGGGGAAAUCCAUUCAGAUAAAAAAAUCCUCUUUCAGCUAGAGAAAUUAGCAGGGAUAAAUAUCUGAACAAAAAACAUUGCAAGGUUAAAGGUGGAGAAAAUAAUAAUUAGCUAACGCUUCUUGGGUUUUAUUUCUUCUCACCAGUUGUACAUGUGGUUUAGUGGAAAGUAAUUUUGCUCCUUUUUUUCCUAUCAACUAAUAUUACAGUAGCAACUAUUAUUAACCAGUUUACUUUUUCUGAGAAUUGUUAAGACAAUUUUUUAAAUUUCAAGUUCUUGGACUUACAUUUUAGGGCAAAUUAAAUCUGGUAACCCGAAUUCCGUAGUUAAAAUUAGUUUCAGUAUAUGAUGGAAAGGAUCUGACUCUAACAGCUGCCUUACAAAUCACUCAUUCCAUGGGGAACAUUUAUUGAAUGCCUAUCAUGAGCAUAUUUCUCUGCUAGGCAUUACAGUUGUCAAUAUGUCGUUCAAAUUCUAAGUUUCUUUGGCACCUGUUCAUUCAGACAACUAACAUUUAUUAUUUGGGGAAGACAAAAAAAAGAGUUGUUUUACAAGAGAGGAAAAAAAGUGAAUCUGGUUAUUCAUGUAGCAGUAAGCAAAAUGAAAAGCACUUACGCUGACAGAGAAUUAUGGAUGUAAUUUUAAGAAUUGCUCCUAGCAAGUAAAAAAAUACAUAAAAUAUGCAACUCUUAGUUAAAGGCCUUAUUAGCAGUUUAACUAUAUAAGUAGUAAAUGUUGUCAUUGCUUUAGUUAAAACCAUCUGUAAAUAAUUUUAAAUACUAAUUGUGUGGGGUUCAAAUUGAGUAGAAUAAAGUAUAAAUUAAAAGUAUACAAUCAUUAGCAGGUUAUUGAAAAUCUCAGGGUAUAUGGAAUGUAGUUCAAUUUAUUAAGAAAAUAAAACAUGAAAAAUUAGGGUACAAGGCUGGCCACCAAAUGCGAAGUCAAUCUGCUAUUUAACUUUGAAAACAAGCAAUUUUACAUAUUACCACUAACACUAAUACAUAUAGGUGAUGGAACCAUGAUUCAUUGAAUUUUGGGGGUAAAGAAAAGCUUAGUAUUAGUAUUGACAAUAUUAAGAUAGUAUUCUUGUAGGAAUGCUAUGUGCAUGUUUGAUAUUUUGCUGAGUAAUGAAUUGUUCAAUAUUUAAGGAGAAUAUUAAGAAAACACAAGGGUAGAGUUUAAUACAGCGACCGACAUUUUUGGCACAUCAAAAAUUCUCAUAGUCAUUACCUUUAUGUUACUUUACGCUACUGGCUUUUGUGCCCUUGAAGAUUCUAACAGUGACCAAAAUAAUCUGUGUGGUUAAGGCUCACUUUGAUUAUUGUUAUUGAAGCCUGAUUUUAAAAGAAUAAUAAUCAAAAAUACCUCGUGAACUUGCUAUCUGCUCUGUUUCUAGUUAAAAUAUAAUAAAGAUUAUCUGCCUGUGCUGUA